UUUUAGUUUAUUUUGGAUUGAAAUGGAUUUGGGGAUUGGGAGUUCGUUUAGGAGCAAUGGGAGCUUCAGAAUGGAUGCAUGUUCAAGAUCAUCGGCGGCGGAAGAAGACGAGGAGGCUCUGAAAUGGGCAGCCAUUGAAAAGCUUCCGACGUUCAGACGUCUGAGGAAAGGGUUGGUGACGACCUUGGAGGGCGCCGCCGAUGAAGUGGAUAUCAUGAAUCUUGGGCAACAAAACAGGAAGAAUUUGAUGGAGAUGUUGCUUAAAGUUGCUGAAGAGGAUAACGAGAAGUUCUUGCUCAAACUCCACAAUCGCUUUCAAAGAGUUGGAAUCGAAGUUCCGACAAUUGAGGUUCGGUUUGAGCAAUUGAAUGUGAAGGCGGAUGUUCAUGUCGGAAGCAGAGCUCUGCCGACAGUUGUGAAUUUUACACUCAAUAUGGUGGAGGGUUUGUUGGGUUACCUUCAUCUGUUUUCCAGUGGAAAGCAGCCGUUAAAAAUCCUUCGUAAUGUCAGUGGAAUCGUCAAGCCUGGAAGAAUGACACUGCUGUUGGGACCUCCAAGCUCUGGAAAGACCACUCUUUUAUUAGCACUGGCAGGAAAGCUUGAUCCUGGAGUAAAAGCAACGGGAAAAGUGAGCUACAAUGGGCAUGGAAUGAAGGAAUUUGUACCGCAGAGGACUGCUGCGUACAUAAGUCAAUUUGAUCUUCAUAUUGGAGAAAUGACUGUAAGGGAAACAUUAGCUUUCGCUGCACAAUGCCAGGGCGUCGGCUCCCGCCAUGACAUGCUAGCAGAACUGUCAAGGAGAGAGUUCGAAGCAAAUAUAAAGCCCGAUCCUAAUAUUGAUACUUUCAUGAAGGCUGCUGCGACAGAAGGUCAAGAAGAAAGUAUGAUGAUAGAUUAUAUCCUGAAGAUUUUGGGACUGGAAGGAUGUGCUGCUGCAAUGGUUGGUGAUGAAAUGAUAAGGGGAAUCUCCGGCGGACAAAGAAAGCGAGUCACUACAGGUGAGAUGCUAGUUGGGCCAGCAAGGGCUUUAUUUAUGGACGAGAUAUCUACUGGACUUGAUAGCUCCACCACGUUUCAAAUAGUGAAUUCAUUGAGGCAAUGUAUUCAUAUUCUCAAAGGGACUGCAGUUCUUUCGCUUCUCCAGCCAGCACCAGAGACUUAUGAGCUUUUUGAUGACAUAAUUCUUCUCUCAGAUGGCCAAAUUGUUUAUCAGGGUCCUCGUGAUCAGGUGCUUCAGUUUUUUGAAACUAUGGGGUUUGUUUGUCCUGAGAGGAAGGGUGUGGCUGAUUUUCUUCAAGAGGUGACAUCAGAGAAAGAUCAAGAACAGUACUGGAAAAACAAAGAGGAGCCUUACAACUUCAUUACUCCUAGUGAAUUUUGUGUAGCAUUUCAAUCAUUUCAUGUUGGCAGAGGACUUGGAGAUGAACUUGCCAUUCCUUUUGAUAAGUCUAAGAGCCAUAGAGCCGCUUUGACAACCCACAAAUAUGGUGUUGGAAAGAGACAGCUCUUGAAAGCCUGUUUCUCUAGAGAGAUCCUUCUAAUGAAGAGAAACUCCUUCGUCUACAUUUUCAAACUGUUUCAGCUAUUGGUAAUGGCUCUAGUUACAAUGAGUGUGUUCUUAAGAACUGAGAUGCACCAUGAUACAAUUGUGGAUGGAGGAAUAUACACUGGUGCUUUGUUCUUUUCAGUUAUUAUGGUUAUGUUUAAUGGGUUAUCAGAGCUCUCAUUAACCAUAAUUAAGCUUCCUACUUUUUACAAGCAAAGGGACCUCUUAUUCUAUCCCUCAUGGGCUUAUUCUCUUCCCAAUUGGAUCCUCAAGAUUCCUUUUACUUUCAUUGAAGUUGCUUUGUGGGUUGGAAUCACCUACUAUGGCAUUGGAUUUGAUCCAAAUAUUGAGAGGUUUUUCAAACAAUUCUUGCUGCUUCUACUAGUAAACCAGAUGGCUUCUGCACUAUUCCGGUUUGUUGCUGCAUUGUGUCGGAAUUUGGUUGUCGCGAACACGGUUGGCUCUUUUAUACUUCUGACCCUCUAUGCACUUGGCGGGUUUGUCCUGUCUCGAGUGGACAUUAAGAAAUGGUGGACAUGGGGCUACUGGAUUUCACCAAUAAUGUAUGCUCAAAAUGCUAUAGUUGUAAAUGAGUUCCUUGGAAAGAGUUGGGCAGAUGAAGCCUUGGGAUUUAUUGUAUUGAAGUCCCGUGGAUUCUUCCCAAAUGCAUAUUGGUAUUGGAUUGGUGUAGGAGCUUUGCUUGGCUAUACGUUUUUGUUCAACUUCUUGUUCACUGUCGCAUUGUCGUUGCUCGACCCAUUUGGGAAGGGCCAAGCUGUUAAAUCAGGGGAACCAGAAGACAUUGACAAAAGAGGGGCCUCAGUUUCCAAUACUGAAAUGGGUUUACAAGCCAAUGCCCAAAGUAGAACAGGAAUGAUUCUUCCAUUUGAGCAACAUUCAAUCGCAUUUGAAAAUAUCACAUACUCUGUUGACAUGCCCCAGGGGAUGAAAAAUCAAGGUAUUGUAGAAGAAAAAUUGGUGCUACUGAAGGGUAUAAGUGGGGCAUUCAGGCCAGGUGUUUUAACAGCUCUUAUGGGAGUGAGUGGUGCUGGUAAGACAACACUAAUGGAUGUCUUGGCUGGUAGAAAAACAGGCGGUUACAUUGAAGGAAGCAUCAAAAUAUCUGGUUAUCCAAAGAAGCAAGAAACAUUUGCUAGAAUCUCAGGUUAUUGUGAACAAAAUGACAUCCAUUCUCCUCAUGUUACCGUCUACGAAUCCUUGCUCUACUCGGCAUGGCUCCGUUUACCUCGUGAAGUCGAUACCGAAACUAGAAAGAUGUUCAUUGAAGAAGUGAUGGAGCUUGUGGAAUUGAAGACAUUGAGGGAUGCUCUAGUUGGAUUGCCAGGCGAAAACGGUCUGUCGUCCGAGCAGCGUAAGCGACUCACAAUAGCAGUGGAGCUUGUAGCAAAUCCAUCCAUAAUAUUCAUGGAUGAGCCAACCUCAGGGCUUGAUGCAAGAGCUGCAGCGAUCGUCAUGCGAACCGUUCGAAACACGGUCGAUACUGGAAGAACUGUCGUGUGCACCAUUCAUCAACCGAGCAUCGACAUCUUCGAAGCUUUUGACGAGCUGUUCUUGAUGAAACCAGGAGGCCAAGAAAUAUACGUUGGUCCAUUGGGUCGCCAUUCUUUUCAUCUAAUAAACUACUUUGAGGAAAUCAAAGGAGUUGCUAAAAUAAAGGAUCAAUACAACCCUGCUACAUGGAUGCUAGAAGUCACUUCCCCAGCUCAGGAACUAGCUUUAGGGGUUGACUUCACAGAUUUGUAUAAAAGCUCUGAACUUUAUAGGACGAACACGAUGCUAGUUGAAGAAUUGAGUGUCCCGACACCGGGGUCGAAAGACCUAUAUUUCCCAACGAAAUACUCGCGAUCACUUUACACACAAUGUAUAGCUUGUUUAUGGAAGCAACAUUGGUCUAACUGGCGCAACCCCUCGUACUCGGCCGUGAGAUUACUCUUUACGGUCGUCAUUGCGCUCAUGUUCGGAACAAUGUUUUGGGACCUUGGUUCCAAAAGGAAAAGGCAACAAGAUCUAUUCAAUGCUAUGGGUUCAAUGUACACUGCUACUCUGUUCCUGGGAGUUCAAAAUGCUUUCAAUGUGCAACCAGUGGUCGCCGUUGAACGAAGCGUAUUUUAUCGUGAAAGAGCAGCUGGAAUGUACUCGGCCUUUUCGUAUGCAUUCGGGAUGGUGCUGAUAGAACUCCCAUAUGUUUUGGUCCAAGCAGUGGUUUACUGUCUCCUAGUGUACUCAAUGAUUGGAUUUGAAUGGACCGUGGCUAAGUUCCUGUGGUAUUUGGUCAUAAUGUACUUCACUUUGCUGUACUUCACUUUCUAUGGGAUGAUGGCUGUGGCCAUGACACCAAAUCAUCACAUUGCUUCAAUUAUCUCCUUUGCAUUCUUUGCAUUAUGGAAUCUCUUCUCAGGAUUUGUAGUCCCGAAACCGAGGAUUCCAGUGUGGUGGAUAUGGUACUACUGGGUUUGUCCCGUGGCGUGGACGUUGUAUGGAUUAGUUGCCUCUCAAUUUGGAGAUGUUAAGGAUGUUCUUGAAACAGGAGAAACUGUGGAAGAAUUUGUUAGACUCUAUUUUGGUUUCAGACAUAAUUUUGUAGACAUUUCUGCUUCUGUGGUUGUCGGAUUUGGUGUUCUUUUUGCUUUGGUAUUUGCCAUCUCUAUCAGCCUUUUUAAUUUCCAAAGAAGAUGAUAAUGUUUUAGGUUGUAUGUUUUGUAAUGUGUCUAACUAUGUAGAGGGAAAAGGGAAAAAAGGGGAAAGAAAAUAUGUAGAAUUGAUGUUUGUAUUUCAAUGU